CUUUAUCAGGGAGCUGGGACUGAGUGACUGCAGCCUUCCUAGAUCCCCUCCACUCGGUUUCUCUCUUUGCAGCAGCACCGGCAGCACCAGUGUGUGAGGGUAGCAGGCAGCGCUCCCAGCCAGUUCCCUGAUCCUGCCAGACCACCCAGCCCCUGGCACAGAGCUGCUCCACAGGCACCAUGAGGAUCAUGCUGCUAUUCACAGCCAUCCUGACCUUCAGCCUAGCUCAGAGCUUUGGGGCUGUCUGUAAGGAGCCACAGGAGGAGAUGGUUCCUGGUGGGGGCCACAGCAAGAGGGAUCUGGAUCUCUACCAGCUACUCCAGAGACUCUUCAAAAGCCACUCAUCUCUGGAGGGAUUGCUCAAAGCCAUGAGCCAGGCUAGCACAGAUCCUAAGGAAUCAACAUCUCCCGAAAAACGUGACAUGCAUGACUUCUUUGUGGGACUGAUGGGCAAGAGGAGCGUCAAGCCAGACUCUCCUACUGAUGUGAAUCAAGAGAACGUCCCCAGCUUUGGCACCCUCAAGUAUCCCCCGAGAGCAGAAUGAACACUCCACUUCCGGACUCCUGGACUGCAUUAGGAAGACCUGUUUCCCUGUCCCAAUCCCCAGGUGCACACACUCCUGUUACCCUUUCUCUUCCCUGUUCUUGUAACAUUCUUGUGCUUUGACUCCUUCUCCAUCUUUUCUACCUGACCCUGGUGUGGAAACUGCAUAGCGAAUAUCCCCAAUCCCAAUGGGCAUUGACUAUAGAAUCCCCUACAGUUCCUGUAGUGUCCUACAUUAAAAAUAUAAUGUCUCUCUCUACUCCUCAACAAUAAAGGAUUUUUUCAUAUG